CUUAUGACUUAUCCACCGCCAUACGACUAAGAUGUGAGUUUAGUUCUGUAGCCGAACACGCUUUUAUCCAUAAGCUAUCAAAUCUGCUAUACCGACUUUCCCUAAAGUUCCCACAUACUGAAAAGCACAUUCCCUGCAAACGCGGCCAAAAUUGGACGAAAUUAUGCCAUCUUGGUCAGCUCUCCGACGGUCCACGUGGAUCCACCGUUCUCCCGCCGCUCAAAGCUCCAACGUCCGCCGAUUUUCCGCCGCGCCUCCACCGCCUGAGUUGGCGUACUGCCAGAAGAGUUCUCAUGGCCGUGGGAAAACGAAUUUUCUAGGAUGGAUUUCGGCCGGAAUCAUCGCCAGCUCCACGAUUUCACUCUCUCUGUACUCCUUUUCCCCACCAUCCCCCGGUUCCAGUUAUUUUUCCUUCGCGGACUGGUCGGCGCCGGGUCCCACGACCGUUGCCGAGGCCGCGGUCGCUGUUUCCAAUUCCGGCCUGCACAAUCAAAACAGUGAAUCUAAAUUCCUGUUUGGAGAAGCAUUUAGGAGGAAGAUAUUUUUUAAUUACGAAAAAAGAAUCAGAAUGCGUAGUCCUCCUGAGAAGGUGUUUGAGUAUUUUGCAUCCAUCUGUGCCGAUGAUGGAGAAAUUUUUAUGACACCAGCUGACCUUAUGCGAGCACUAGUUCCCGUGUUUCCUCCAUCUGAAUCGAACCUUGUAAGAGAUGGAUAUCUCAGAGGGGAAAGGAGUCCUGGAGAGUUGCGUUGUGCCCCAUCCCAGUUUUUUAUGCUCUUCGACACGAAUAGUGAUGGUUUAAUAUCAUUCAAAGAGUAUUUAUUCUUUGUAACGCUACUCAGUAUACCUGAAACAAGCUUUUCAGUGGCAUUUAAGAUGUUCGACCUUGACUGCAAUGGGGAAAUUGAUAGAGAGGAGUUUAUGAAGGUGAUGACUUUGAUGCGAGCUCAUAAUAGGCAAGGGGCUGUUCACAGUGAUGGAUUUCGAGCAGGCCGCAAGUUGGGUGGUUCAAAAGAAGAUGGAGGGUUGUUAGAGUACUUCUUCGGGAGAGAUGGCAAGAAUCUACUUCACCACGAUAAUUUUGUCCAGUUCUUGAGGGAUCUUCAUUAUGAAAUUGUAAGGCUGGAGUUUGCUCAUUAUGAUUACAAGUUACGAGGAACCAUAUCUGCCAAGGAUUUUGCGCUGUCCAUGGUUGCAUCAGCCGAUCUGAAACACCUGAACAAGCUGCUCGACCGCGUUGACGAUUUAGAUAAUCAACCACGUCUAUCAAAUAUCCGCAUCACGCCCGAGGAGUUUUCGAAUUUUGCCGAGUUACGAAGGAUGUUACAGCCAUUUUCUCUGGCACUUUUUAGUUUCGGCAAAGUAAAUGGGCUAUUAACAAGGAAAGAUCUACAGCGAGCAGCUUACCAAGUCUGUGGGGUAUCUCUAACUGACAACGUGGUAGACGUUAUCUUCCAUGUAUUUGAUGCUAAUCGAGAUGGGAACUUGAGUUCAGAUGAGUUUGUUAGAGUUCUCGUUAAGCGUGAGAGGGAUAUUGCUCAUCCUACGGAGGCAGGUAUCCUAAGCUUUUUGUCUUGCUGUUGGCAUUGCUCGAAUGCCCACUCUAUUACUCGGUUUAUGUCCUAAUCUUUUGAGAUAAUGCAAGUAUUGUGUCUAACCAGUGGCAUUCGGGGCCCCCCUCAUAUUUGAUAGGGCUGACACUUUGUUUUGUGAGUAAUAUAAAUCUUGAAAGUUGAAAGUGUAACUAAUGGGUAUUUUGCUUAAACUUUGAAUGGUCCUUUUUAUUAUGUUUUUGGCUGGUUAAGAGUUAAGACCAUAAUAACAACAAACUUGGACGUUUUUUUGUUGUGUAGUUUCUCAUUUGUCUACUUAAAACGCGGGAUACUUUGAAAACUUCAGCAGU